AUGGAAAUGCUUAACGAAAUACUGAGAGAGGCACGAUGGUUGAUAUGGGACGCUGAGCGCCGCGGGGGUACCCCAUGCAAUGCCAUGAGUCCGGACGCCCCUUUGGAUGCUUAUUGUCUUGCGAGAAACCUGAGAACAAGUCCUUCACACCAUGGGUGGUACAAUGAAGUCCAGAACCAUCCUGGGAUUUGGAGUGCCAGAGCAAUUAACAUGUUCGAUGAUUGGGUCUACGCGAACUCUGAGCUUGUGCGGCAGCUACGGAGGAAUGGUACACUGGCGCGGUAUUACUAA